CGCACCGCUUCCAUUUCUCACCUCUCGACUCGACUAAAUUCAACCCAACUCGCUCCUCAAUUUUUCUUUUUCUUCGUCUUCUUCUUCUUCUUCGGUUUUAGGGUCUUACCAGGGUUUUAUAUGAUCAAAAUUUAAAUAUUUUUUACAAUAAUAAUUUGCUUAAUUUUUCUUUGUUAAAUUCUCAAUUUCGAAUCCUUUGUUUCUGUUCAAAAUUCGAAAACCCUAGUGAGCUCUCCGUUUUCUAGGGUUGUCUAUUUUCUCUGCAGUUUAAUUCAAAUUGUACUCUAUUCUUGUACGCUGAAGUUCGUUAAUUCUGGUAAGACUCGAGAUUUUGCUUUCUUUCUUCUUUCUUCCCAUUUCUGGAUCUUACGGCUUUCUUUCUCUCUCUCUCUCUCUCUCUCUCUCUCUCUCGUAUUCUGAAUACCUGGAGCCGGGAUUUUAUUGAUUGCAACGGGAAGUUUUGAAUUUUUCUGUUCUUUAGCUGGGAAAGGCACGUGGGUCAGUGGAGAUUUUUGGUUCCGUUAACUGUUCUGGAUCUUACUGUUUUGUUGGUUUGAAUACCCAGAGUGGGAAUUUUUGACUUCUUGUACUUUCUGUUUGCGAAUUCAGCCAACUGGAGCUAAAUUACCAGAAGGAUAUCUGGGUCAGCGGAGAUUUUGGGUUUAAUGAACUGCGUUAUGAUACAUUGCGAAGAGCUCGAGUAGAUGGGUUUAAUUAUGUUAGUCCAAGAAAAAGAUGAAUGAUAUGAGGGUUUGAAUAUGAACCAUGGAGAUGUAGAUGGUACGAGAGUGAAUGAACAAGGAGGAGCUGCGCCAAGAAGACCUGGAGCUGACGAUUUCGGCCGAGCGGUAUCGAAGAUUGUAGUGGCUCAGAUAUGUGAAAGCGUGGGAUUUCAGAGCUCCAAGGAAUCUGCUUUGGACGCUCUUGCUGAUAUAGCUAUCAGAUACCUCUGUGACUUGGGAAAGAUGGCGUAUUUUUAUGCUAACUUAACUGGAAGAACAGAGUGCAAUGUGUUUGAUAUUAUUAGAGCUCUGGAAGUUUUGGAAGCAUCACAAGUUUUUCUAGGGGCUUCGGAUGUUAGCCAUUGUCUAGCAAGUUCAGGAGUGGUAAAGGACAUUGCCGAUUAUGUGAGCUCAGCUGAGGAGAUUCCGUUUGCUCAGCCGGUGCCACGGUUUCCAGUGUUGAAGAAUCGAAGAUUAAUUCCGAGUUUUGUUCAAAUGGGUGAAAACCCACCUGGCCAUCACAUACCAGCUUGGUUGCCUGCUUUCCCUGAUCCUCACACUUACAUUCACACUCCCAUGUGGAAUGAAAGGAAUGCGGAUCCUCGUGCUCAUAAGAUUGAACAUGCUAGGCAGAGGAGAAAGGCUGAAAGGUCUUUGUUGAGUUUGCAGCAGCGUUUGGUCUGCAUUGGCUCCGUGGGCACUUCUGCAUCUGUCUCAUUACCUAGUGCUGAAAAUGGAUUGCAGCAGGUUGAAAGAAACCCAUUUCUUGAACCACCUUUGAAUUCAGGGGAGAUAGAUGUUUCUCCUGUUGUCUGUCCGGAGAAACUUUCAGAAAAGAAGGAGAAGGGAAACCAUGCUUCUGUUCUAGAGGCAUUUGCACCGGCCAUUGAAGCUGUGAAGAAUGGCUUUUCAGACGAUGGAGAGGACGAGAGAAAAGUUCUUCCUGAUCCUGAUGUGAGGCCUGCUGUUCAUUUCAAGUUCAGAACGGCCAAGAAGUAUUUUGGCGAAUCUUUGGAUUUGAGCCUUCAGAAGAAGGGUGUUGGCAGAGCUGCCUACUGGUUUGGGAGGGACGAUGAGCGGGAUGAUAAGAAGAGGAGGGCUGAGUAUAUUCUUAGGCAAUCUAUGGAAAAUCCACAGGAACUCAACCAAUUGUAGAUUAAUUUUGUUGAUUGGCUUUUUUCAUGGGCAUUCUGUUUCUUAGAAGUUGGUAUUAGAAUUGGGAUCUAGGAUGUUAUAAGUGGAUAUACUGUUAUCGAUAAUUCUGUAGUUGCUUACUUGUAGUCCCAUUCUAACAAUUUUUUUUAGGUAAUGUGAAUUAAUUUUUCAACUCCAGUUGCGUUUUAAUCUGUGAACUAUUACUAUUUUUGCAAAUUUGCAAUGAAGUUUAUGCUGCUUCCAGCCAUCCUUACAAAAAUGUGGUUCCGGUCCCCUUGAGAAAUUCUGUAAUAUUGAAAUUGCUAGGUGCUAGUUGUUUCGUGUACUUAUUGUUAUUAAUAGUGGAGAAGAUAGACAGUGGUCAGCUGGGAAUGAUGAGCCUACAAAGUUCAAGUUCAAGUUAGUUUUUCUUUGCAUUUUUAUACUCUGGUUUGUUAUUCAGUCAUAGUCCAUCCAUUUGGUCAUAUCUAACAGUCUUAAUCUUAUUACUAUCAUCCAAUGAAUCUUGUGACCUUACUCCAAGAGCCUCUCUUUUUUUUGCAUUUGAAUGAAAUUUUUGUUUGUGGGUUGAUAUUUUGCUUUGGACUUUCAUGACGGUAUGUUGGAAUAUUCUCUCUGGUUUUAUCGCAUUGUCUAAUACUUGAACCCUCAAUGUCAGGUUCUCUUUGAAUCUCUAAGCAUAGAUUCAAGUGUUUGAUUUGUUUCCAAUUUCAUAAUUGUAGGUUUAGUUUGGUUGCUUCAAAGUUGGAAAGAGUGUAAAUGCAGAACUUUUUUUUUAAUAUUUUGUUUUAUGGUUUAUUUUGAAAAAAAUUCAUUCAAUUUAACUUGCAAGUUGUAAAUAUUUUGUUUUAUGCUUUUUUUAUCCGUCAAUUUAACUGCUUAAGGAUGCCUUGUAAAGUUUAGAGACGAGGUGGCAUGUUUUUGCUUUGGGGUAGUUAUUUCACUAUGUCGUAGACCAAUUUGUGUUGAUCAGUUUGAGUUUGUGAUGGACCACCUAUCUUUUUCACUUAUGUUAGGAGGAAGAACAAGAAGAAAGAGCUGCGUGGCAACCAAACAUUGGCUUUGCCAAAUGAUUGGCUGACUUUGAAGUUUGAGAGGAGAUUCUGGCUGUUAGUUUGAGCAUGGGAGUGUGUGCAAAUCUGUUAAGAGGUCAGGAUUUUGCUAUCAUCUUGUGAGCAUGAAGAAGCUUCCUGAUAUGAGAGUGAAAGGACAAGGAGGCACUGCACUGGUAAGGCCCGGAGUUAACGAUUUUGGCUGAGCAAUAUUGAAGAUUGCAGUGCCUCGGAUAUGUAGGAGCAUGGGAUUUUUGUGUACCAAGUAAAUGCUUUAGAUGCUCACGUUGAUAUAGCUACCGGAUAUUUCUUUGUAACUCGGGAAAGAUGGCGACUUUUUAGGCUAACUAGAUUGGAAGUAGAGUCCAAUGUGUUUGAUAUUUUUAUCAAAGCUUUGAAAGUUUUGGAAGCAUUACAAGGGUUUCCAUAGUGGCGGAUGUUGGGUGUGUUGUAAGUUGUAACUACCAGGUUUGGGGGACGGGCCAAUGGUAAAGAAGAUUGUUGAUUAAUGUGGGUUCAGCUGAAGAAAGAGGAUCAAGAAGGGUAAAGAGCAUGCUUGUUCUAUAAUGGCUAUAGGGGGCACAACUUUGGUUUUCUUUAGUGAAUGCUGGAACUGAUGGGAUAUGGAUCUUCCUGUGGUAGUUUCCAGUGAAACAGAAAAGGGGGCCCAUGCUCCUGAUCAAGAAACAUUCGCACUGGCCAUUAAAGCUAAGGCGUAUGGGUUUUCUGAUGGCAAGAGGAGUAAGGUCCCCCUUGAUCAUGACAUAAGUCCUGCUAUUCAUUUUAAGGUCAAAAUGCCCAGAAAAUAUUUGGAUUUGAGCCUUCAGAUGUGUGUUGGACCGUUGGGAGACCUUCGUUUCGGUUUAGGAGGGAAGACUAGGGUUGAGUAUAUUGUUAGGCUAUCUAUAGAUAAUUCACAGAGAACUCACCCAAAUUGUGAUGUGGGAUCUGUAGUUGCAUAAUAGUCCCACUCAUUCUAUUCAUUUUCAUUUGCUUUGAAAGUGAAGUUUUUACCAUCUCUAAACUUGUUCCCAUGAAAAAUACGGUUAUUAUGGCCACCCUUUGAAAAAUUGCUCUACUGAAAUUGUCAGGUGCAAGUUUGUGUUGUAUUCCUUUCCAGCAAAAAAUAAAUAAAAGAUAGUUUAUCGUA